AUGAGGCAUAUUCAACGCUCAGCAUCCAGCACUCCUGCAGCUCCCCGCAGUUUCCAGCUCACUCUUGCAGCUUCCAGCAGUCUCCAGCUCACUCCAACAGCUUCCAGCUCACUUCUGCAGCUACCAGCUCACUCCAGCAGCUUCCAGCUCACUCCUGCAGUUUCCAGCUCACCCCUGCAGCUUCCAGCAAUCUCCAGCUCACUCCUGCAGCGCUUCACUGACGUCCAGCGACCAGUUCCAACCUCCGGAUACCGUUCCCGAACAAACGACCUCUGUCGUCUUUCCACCCACUGUUCGCUAAUAAAGACACGAUUUCUAUCGUCUACAACGGACUAUCUGCAUUUGUCAUCCUUCUUUGCUAUUGCCAUCUCCUUGCCUUUGUGUCCCCUUUUUAGUUGCUCCCCUUACUUUCUCUCUCUUACUUUCUCUCUCUUACUUUCUCUCCUUUACUUUCUCUCUCUUACUUUCUCUCUCUUACUUUCUCUCCUUUACUUUCUCUCUCUUACUUUCUCUCUCUUACUUUCUCUCUCUUACUUUUUCCCUCUUACUUUAUCUCCUUACUUUUUCUCUCUUACUUUUCCCUCUUACUUUAUCUCCUUACUUUUCUCUCUUACUUUCUCUCCUUUACUUUCUCUCUCUUACUUUCUCUCUCUUACUUUCUCUCUCUUACUUUAUCUCCCUUACUUUCUCUCCUUUACUUUCUCUCCCUUACUUUCUCUCACCUUACUUUCUCUCCCUUACUUUCUCUCUCUUACUUUUUCCCUCUUACUUUCUCUCUCUUACUUUCUCUCCCUUACUUUCUCUCUCUUACUUUCUCUCCCUUACUUUCUCUCACCUUACUUUCUCUCCAUUUCUAUAUAUUAG